AAUGUAUUGCUAAUCCUAUUACAAGUUAUCCCAAAAACAUUUCAAAAACACAUUUUCCAAACAAUAAUACUGUAAUAACUUUUAGCGCUAUUUUACUUUUUAGUCCACACGUGUUGGUAGUGGUCGGACGUGCAAACCAUUUGACAUACCGACUGGCCAUUGACCUGAUGUGAUAGUUGUCCAUAAUUGUGUCGUUCAGUUGACACUCAUAUAUAAUCGCUGAUCGGUUCCCAUAAUAAUUAAGUUGGUCAAACUAUAUAAGCGGCAGUGACACUAUCAUGAAUACUAUCGAAAAUGGUCACCAAUUGACCACCGAUGAUAAAGUGACCGAUGAUUAUAAUGAUGAAAGACAACAACAACAACACGAUGAAUAUGAAUACUUGAAUCUCAUCAGACAUAUCAUAGAUCGCGGACACCGCAAGAAUGACCGAACAAAGACGGGAACUGUUUCGGUGUUUGGCAGUCAAUGCCGAUAUUCGCUAAGAGAUGGUGUUAUACCACUAUUGACCACCAAAAGAGUCUUCUGGAGAGGUGUUGUCGAAGAACUUCUUUGGUUUAUCAGAGGCAGUACCGAUAGUACAGAGUUGUCCAAAGUUGGCGUUAAGAUAUGGGACGCUAAUGGCAGCCGAAGUUUUCUCGACUCUCUUGGUUUUAAUGAUCGACAAGAAGGCGAUUUGGGACCCGUUUAUGGUUUUCAAUGGAGACAUUUCGGUGCAAACUAUGUCAACAAAGACAGCGAUUACGGCAACCAAGGUAUCGAUCAGCUGAAGAGUGUCAUCGAAACGAUUAAAACAAAUCCCGACGACCGACGAAUGAUUAUCUGUUCGUGGAAUCCGAUCGAUAUCCCAUCAAUGGCUUUACCUCCGUGUCAUUGUUUGGUCCAGUUUUACGUAUCAAAUGGUGAACUUUCGUGUCAACUCUACCAGAGAUCUGGUGAUGUGGGACUGGGAGUGCCAUUCAAUAUUGCCAGCUAUUCCUUAUUGACACAUAUGAUGGCCCACAUAACUGGUCUAAAGUGCGGCGAUUUUAUCCAUACGAUAGGCGACGCGCAUAUCUAUCUGAACCAUUUGGAUCCACUCAAAGAACAAUUAACUCGAACUCCCCGUCCAUUUCCAAAACUACAUAUCAAACGUACUGUCCAUGAGAUCGAUGACUUCAAAAGUGAUGAUUUUGAACUAAUCGGUUACAAUCCGUACGCUAAGAUUGCGAUGGAUAUGUCUGUUUAAAAACAAUAUUUAUAUAUAUAUAUA